CAAGCUCCUUCAGGGAUCUCUACUCCCGCUCCAGUCUAUCCACGUCCUCAUCUUCUGUCGCCUGCGUCACCACUCGACCUGACUCGGUACUCCCUCCCGUCCCUCCGUCAGUACGAGUUGGCUCAGCAGAUGGUAUCCCAGCAGGGAGCCGUCAGUAAACUGCUAGGGUCGCUACGGCCGCCUGGGAUGAUCGGGGCUAAGCCGAAGGUGGCGACGCCGCAGGUGGUGAACAAGAUCGAGCAGUACAAGAGAGAGAACCUGACCAUCUUCGCCUGGGGCCGGGAGAAGUUGAACUCUCAGAGCGUGUGUACCAACUCUACUGCGCCCUCCGUGUCCUCCAUCAACAGGAUCCUUAGGAACCGGGCAGCUGAGAGGGCCGCUGCAGACUUCCAGGGCUGCGGGCUACGGGCUGUACCACCCAUACGCCUUUCCCUGGGCCAACCCCGCCCUCCUCCCCCUCGCUCCUCCUUCCCCCUCCACGCCGCCACCGUCGAACAGGCCGCCCACAACACCGCCGCCGCUGCAGCCAAAGACGCAGCCGCCACAUCUGGGAACCACUCUGACGGUGAAGGUUCACCAUCCCAUAAGCACUCGUCGUUAUCACAGCUACCAUUGACCCCGUCUGACCUGACCUCCGCCUCACAGCUAGCCAAUGAGGUCAGGUUCCUAAAUCGCACCACCUUCAGUCCUGACCAACUGGAGGAGCUGGAGAAGGAAUUUGAGAAGACGCAGUACCCUGACCUUCCUACACGUGAGAGAUUGGCUGAGAAGACAUUGUUAUCUGAGGCGGGUGCGGAGGUGUGGUUUUCCAACAGACGGGCCAAGUGGAGGCGUCACCAGCAGCUGAGUGUCCUCCGCCCUUACUCCGACGACCCUCACCCUCACUCACCCAGGACGACUUCUCCUUACUCAGAAGUCGUGUCCAGUCCGGAUAUGUCGCCACACUCCCCCUCACCACUACCCCCAACAACGCCCUCCUCCUCCACCACCCCCACCACUACUCACCAUACCACAGCCUCCACCACCACAGGAACACCACCACCAACACCAACAGCCUCCACCAACACUGCCGACGGUAUCACCCCUGGCGGACACCACCACCACCACCACACCACCACCUGGGGCGCCACCAUCAUCACCGCCUCCCAGGGCUGUCUCGACCCUCCACCACCUCUUCACCAUCAGCUGUCUUCCCAUCGCCAACAUCCGCCUUCACCCGCAUCUGCCGCCGCCCCCAACCUCCCCACCCACCACCACCACCACCACCAGCACCACCCACACGCCCACUUCCACCAGAGCAGGAUGUCGAGUCGCCCCCCACCUCCACCUCUGCUCCCCGCCAGCCUUCUCACCCUCAGUACCCGGGCUUCUCCCUCGGGCGUGACCUGACAC